CGGUUACGCGCUUUCAGCCGGUGACUCUUCAAAAACCAGAUAGAAUCCCAACGACCAGCACACAGACGGAAUUUGAGUCCUGUGCGCUUUAUCAAACUAUAUCGGUCAUCCCAUAUGACUGAAUUCCCUUUGCAAUAAUAGUCAAACUCAACGGAUUAACCAACGCGGAUGGGCCUUCCUUAUGGCUCUCAUCACACUGAGCAGUUUGCAGGGGCUCAGCGGAUAAUGCUGCACACUCAGAACUGCAAAAGCUCCCAGUUGAUGUCUGUUGUUCUCCAGUGAGCCGUAUGUGACGGGGACAGGGACCAGAGUCCACCUGAGCCCAGCCACCCCCUCCCUUCCUGACUUCCCAUUGUCCUCUCACUGUCACAUUACACAGAAGGCACACACUCUGCAACCUGACGGAACACUGCUAAUCAGUGUUUAUAGAUGAUGUCUUCCUCCUGGUGUCUGCCUCUGGCUCUCCUGUUCUCCACUCUGGCUGUUUCACACAGCGCUGAACCUGGCUCCACACAUGCCAAGAGGAGACUAGCACAGCCCUUGCCAGGCAGUGGCAAUGCCCUCCAGUACCCUGAUCAGGGCUUCCAGAGUCACGGGCAUGGGCACGGUAGGGAGCGUGGAGGGGGGCAUGGUGGCCAGGGGUCCCGUGGUGCCAAAGCCAGUUCUGGGGCUGGGCUUCUCUCCCGCAGGCCCCUGCACCCCGCAGCUCGGCCUGAGGAUGAUGGGACGGGUCUGGAGGGCCUGAACCCGGUGAGACUGGAGAUGGGUCCUGUGGGCAGGGAGCAGGAGAAGGGUCAUGGGGGCUUCAGGAACCCGUCUCAUGCCCGAGACAACCACCCUCUGGGGCCACGCAAGGGGAGGGGCCAGGGGCAUGGGCACCACUUUGACCAGAGGAGACAUGGAGGUCGGAGAGAUAAGGGUCGGCUCACUAAAGGUUUUCUCCCUGAGCCUGAGCUGGGCUCUGUUCUGAAGAACAGGGAUCUGUCUGAGGAGGGAUCUGUCUCCUCCGCCGCUGCAGCCACCUCCCCCUCUCACAGAUUGACCCCGCCCACGGAACCCCCCUCCCCCAUCUACGCGGUCUUUGGCUCCGGCUCCUAUGCGGUUUCCACGGUGAUGAGCGAGCAUCUCCCAACGCUGCCCCCAGCCUCCACCAAACCACAGAAGUCUGGCCGGGGCAAGAUGCAAGGAGAGGUGAUGCCCACUCUGGACAUGACUCUGUUUGACUGGACAGACUACGAGGACAUGAAGCCAGUGGACGCCUGGCCAUCCUCCAGGAAGAAAGACAAGCGGCGCAGUAAGAACCUGAGCAGUGGCAAUGUGACAGUGGACACUGAUGCCAUCGAGCCAUGUGACCACCAUCUGGACUGUCUCCCAGGCUCCUGCUGUGACCUGAGACAACACGAGUGUAAACCUCACAACCGGGGCCUCAACAACAAGUGCUAUGACGACUGUAUGUGCGAGGAAGGGUUCCGUUGCUAUGCCAAGUUCCACCGGAAGCGUCGGGUGACCAGGCGAAGGGGCCGCUGCGUGGUGCCAGAGUCAGCCAACAGUGACCAGGGUGCCUUCAUCACAGUGUGAGGGGCGGCAGACACACACCAGAGGCCCCCACACACACCACACAUUGAACAUGACCACUCCCUCUGACAAAACAGACAGAACACAGGCUAUACAUCACCUGACAGUGAUAGUUCAUUCAGCAUUUUCAUACUACCAACUCAUAUCGUCUCCCCCACUUCAAUGCCACAAAAUCAUGUACAUGUACGUUAGGUCCAAAACAACAACAACUGUGCAGUGUCUGAUUAUCUGUGUCCUGUACAUAUGAAUGUCUUUUCUGAGAAUGGAUUGAUUACCAAUUGCUUUUCUACUGAUAAUGUUACACUACUCUUUAAAAGGUAAUUAGUAUGAUAAGCAAAAAUGUUUGUUUGAGUUUCCUUUUAUAUGUUUAACUAUGUUUUAUUUAUACAAUACUUCAAACAGAACUCUCUGUCUAUAUUGUGUUUUUUCAACUUAAUUGUAUGUGAUUAAAUUCUUGUACAAUGAU